AUGCCGCUUCUUCAGAUCUUUGCAAUGGCAUGUAUGGUCAGUUACACACAAGGUGCUAAUUGUAAGGAAAAUCAGCAUUGUGUCGAGUGUGAUGAAAAGACAGGCCGAUGCAGCACACGAUGCUCUACCGGAUAUUUCGGUCCAAAGUGCAUGGAUGUUUGCAGCAUAAGGUGCAGGUACCACUCAUGUAAGCUGAUCCCCGGCAAAGGUAUUGAGACAUGUACUGAUGGCUGUAUGCCAGGAUUCCAAGGCCCAAACUGCCAGAGGCCAUGUUACAGUACCAAGGAAGACUGUACCAGAUGCCCAGGUGGAUGUGAUGGAGAGUAUUGCCAGAUGGGUCGAACUUGUUUCUCUAGUUGCAGCGACUCAUACUAUGGAGCAGGCUGUAAAGUCAAAACGUCAAAGCCAGAGAAUAAUAAGACAUGUUCCAGCAGAUGUAAGUCCUGCAACAGGAUCACGGGAACAUGUGAGGAGUGUCAGUCUCCAUAUACUGGACUGGACUGUAGAUCCUCGUGUGAGCACUGUGUCGGUGGAUGUGAGAGUGGCUGCCAACAGGGAUGCAGACAAGGAUUCUAUGGAGACAACUGUACUGAAGCAUGCAGUGACACCUGCCGAGCUGAUCCCUCCCUGUCUACUGAUGAACGAUGUCCUGAGGGAGACUCAUGUACCCCUGAGUGCCACAGCCAGACUGGCGAGUGUGUUCACGGUUGUGUAGAUGGCUGGUACGGCCCGAAGUGUUCAAGGAGAUGCAACUCUAACUGCAAACAUCAAAUGUGUAACCACGCAGGUGUUUGUGUUGAACGCUGUGGGAAAUGCCUCAAUAAAACCUGUAACGGAUCCUGUAGGAAUGGAUGCAAUAGCAGGGAUAAUUGCAACACGACGUGUGAUCUAUGUCCUGGAGGUGUUUGUGAUGAAAACUCCGGUUCCUGUGUACAAGGAUGCAAUACCACUGGAUCUAGAUGUGGCUACAACUGCACAACCAACUGCCAAACGACUGACUGCCCUACUGGAUCUUGUGACGCAGACGAACAAACGACAGGUGCCUUAAACACAGUUAUCGUGACAUCGGUCGGACUGGUUGUCUUUAUCAUCCUGGCUGCAUGUACCACCUGCUGCAUCUGCUGUCGUAAACGAAAGUGUCUGAAACGGAAUGAAGCCGAGGACAAUACACUCGACUCCAAUCUGAAGCAGGCAGACACCUCCAUCCGUGAGUCCAUGGAUCUACAUCACUACGAGGAUGUUGGAGAGGAAGAUAUCAUGAGCCAGCUGCCAGACCAGAACCAAGACGGCGCCGGCAGAGAGAAGGCUCCAGACAUUCCUGUUUUAGCAGACUGCUUCCAAGGGGAACUGAACGAUAAGGACAAAUCAGUACGAGACUCCCAGCCAUACACUGAGCUGAAGGAGGGCGCGCGUGUUCCUCGUCCGAGAUCAUCCGUGAGGUACUUAUCUCCACAUGACUAG